GAAGGCAGGCAGACAGACAGUCAGACAGUCAGUCAGACAGACAGACAGACAGACAGGUUAUAAACAGGUGAACUGAGCGUCGUCAUGGACAGGUUUGGAUAUUCUGGUUCAGGAUGAUCGUCUGCUUGCUGUCGGUUCUCCUCCUCUUUGUGUCUUCGGUUCCCUCCAUCAUGGGUGCAGAACCUGCCGGCUGCAAGAUCCGUAUUACUGACAAAGGACUGGACAUGUUGAAAUAUGAAACUCAGAAGUUUGUUGAAGAGGAGCUCAGCAACAUCAGCAUGCCAGAGAUGCAGGGCAAAGAAGGACGAUUCCAAUACACCAUCAAUGAUGUGAAGAUCACGGAGCUGAAUCUGACUCACGCAGACCUGCGAUUCAUCCCCGAAGUCGGUUUGUUGUUCGAUGUUCAGAACUCGUCGAUCUCUUUGACUUUCAACCGACGGAUCCUCUACUGGUUCUUUUAUGACACAGGGAACAUCAACGCGUCGGCUGAAGGAGUGAACAUAAACACAGCUCUGAAUCUGAUUAGAGACGAAGAAGGACGACUGAAGAUCAAUAACAUCAGCUGUGACGCCAACAUCGACAAGAUGAAGGCCAAGUUCAGCGGAACUCUAGGGAGAGUUUACGACUUUCUGGGCAGAGUUCUGACAACAGGGAUGCGCUUCCUGCUCAACCAACAGAUCUGCCCUGCCCUGAACCACGCUGCUCUGGUUCAUGUGAAUUCUCUGUUGGAGACGAUUCCUGUGAGGACGGAGGUCGACCAGUUUAUCGGGAUCGACUACUCUCUGAUCGAUGACCCGGUGGUGACAGCCAGGAGCCUUGACAUGAACUUCAGGGGGAUGUUCUUCGACCUGUCGCAGCAGAGCGUCCCUCUGGUGAACUACGCCGUGGAUCCGGUGAUCCGGGAGUACGACCGGAUGAUUUACCUGGCUCUGUCCGAGUUCUUCUUCGACAGCGGGAUGUUCUCCUACUACACAGCUGGGAUCUUCCAAAUGCACAUAGUCAAUGAGAAGAUGCCCAAAGAUCUGGAGAUGCUGCUGAGAACCACCUACUUUGGAGCCAUAAUGAUGCUGAACCCGGCUCUGGUGGAAGCUCCCAUGUCUCUGCAGCUCGCCGUGAACUCGCCUCCAAAAACCACCAUCAAGACGUCCGGAGCAACGGUUACCAUGACAGCCAUCGUCAAGGUGAUGGUGCUGCCUCCAGGUCAGCCUCCGGUCCAGCUGAGCAGCAUGACAAUGGAGUCAAAGUUCAACGCCAAAGUGUCCAUGAGAGAAAAACGUCUUUGUGUCCACGCCGACCUGCGCAGGUUUAAAAUCUUCUCCAACCAAUCGGCUCUGGAGUCUCUGGCACUGAUUCCUCUCCAGGCUCCUCUGAAGACAAUGCUGCAGAUGUCUGUGGUUCCAAUGAUCAACAGUAAGAAUCUGAUUCAUCAACUGUAA